UGGCGACUGUCAUUCACAACCCCCUGAAAGCCCUCGGGGACCAGUUCUACAAAGAAGCAAUUGAGCACUGUCGCAGCUACAACUCUCGGCUCUGUGCCGAGCGCAGCGUCCGCCUUCCCUUCCUGGAUUCGCAGACUGGGGUAGCUCAGAACAACUGCUACAUCUGGAUGGAGAAGAGGCACAGGGGACCAGGCCUGGCCCCAGGUCAGCUGUACACAUACCCAGCACGUUGCUGGCGCAAAAAGAGGCGUUUGCAUCCCCCUGAGGAUUCCAGGCUGAAGCUGCUGGAAAUCAAACCUGAAGUUGAUCUGCCUCUGAAAAAAGAUGGAUUCACCUCAGAAAGUACAACUCUGGAAGCCUUGCUGCGUGGAGAGGCAAUAGAGAAAAAAACAGACACUAAAGAGGAAGACACUAUUCAAGAAAUCCAGAGGGUUUUAGAAAAUGAUGAAAAUGCAGAUGAAGUGAACGAGGAAGAAGAUUUGGAAGAAGAUAUUCCAAAACGAAAGAACAGGCCUAGAGGACGGCCAAAGACCCCCACCUGGAAAAAAAUUUUCCAGAAAAAUGCUCGGGGAUCUGGAGGUGGCAGGAGACGGAAUGAUGCUGCCUCCCAAGAUGAUCAUGACAAACCCUAUGUUUGUGACAAUAGUUACAAACAAAAGCAUAACUCAAAAAUCUCCGACAAAGUCUGUGGCAAGCGUUACAAGAACAGGCCUGGGCUGAGCUACCACUAUGCUCACACCCACCUCGCCAGUGAAGAGGGUGAUGAAGCCCGUGAGCAGGAGACCCGCUCUUCCCCUGUCCACCGAAAUGAAAACCACAAACCCCAGAAAGGACCAGAUGGGGUCAUCAUUCCCAAUAACUACUGUGACUUCUGCCUCGGAGGCUCCAAUAUGAACAAAAAAAGUGGCCGGCCUGAGGAGCUUGUAUCAUGCUCAGACUGUGGGCGCUCUGGACACCCGACCUGCCUGCAGUUCACCACAAACAUGACUGAGGCUGUUAAAACCUAUCAGUGGCAAUGCAUUGAGUGCAAAUCCUGCAGCCUUUGUGGGACCUCAGAGAACGAUGACCAGCUGCUCUUCUGUGAUGACUGUGACCGUGGCUAUCACAUGUAUUGCUUGAAUCCACCAGUCUUUGAGCCCCCAGAAGGGAGCUGGAGUUGUCAUUUGUGCCAGGAGCUACUCAGAGAGAGAGCGUCAGCUUUUGGCUACCAGGCCUGAGGAGCUCCAGCAGUCAAGAAACACCUUGCUCCUGGUGUUGCCAUACCAGCACACAAUUCCCACCCAGAACACAAAGACAUGACCCACAUCCAAACGAACGGACACUCAAAUACAGGAAGAGGUAUCUGUGGUAUCCACUGUCACUAAUGCCAGACCUCCUGGGCUCUGCUAGGACUGUGUACUUUCCCAAUGAUCUGGAUGAAAUCUCUUCACUGCUGUGCAUGGUUGCUGCUUGCCAUGAACAGGCUCACAUGCACCAUGGAAGAAGGGGGAGGGUUGUUAUACCAACGCGGAGAAGUCAAUUUUGUGGCCUUGUGCUUUCUGUUUAGUCUUUUGUUUUUAGUGAAAAAGUAGUAAGAUAUUUCCCAAGGAAUUAUUGGUGAGUACUUCAGCUGGGAGCAGCACCAGGUGUUUCUCUUCAAAGGCUUGACUGGAAAUCUCUUUACUGCAACCACUCUGUAGAUGCAUGGGUGCUUAAGAGGGGUGCUCUGAGAGUUGUGUUUAGUUCAAUACUUCCCAGUUCAUGAACAGCACAUUGUCACUAAGAGAAGCAUUGAUCAAAACUUUUUGGGGUGACACUUUCUUCAUUGAAUCAAAUGCCCUGAUUUGGCAGAUCAUUAGGAAUCUGUUUUAAGUGUAAGGAAGAGCAGUACUGUUAGGUACACACUCCAAUGCUUAGAAAUGCCUUUGGUACUCAGUGUGUUCAGGCAUGCUGUCCCACUGUAAUGCCAGCAGUACCUUCCAGACACAUCAAUUCUUUUU